UGCUAAUAUCGGCAGGAGAGGAAAAGCAUCGCGUUUCUAUCUAGCCUACUGCCUCUCUAGUCAGUGGUGUCUUUCAGAGUCUAAACAGGCUCCUUCGCAGCCAUGGCUGAGGGCGGAGAAGGGGAAGAUGAUAUACAGUUCUUGCGAACUGAUGACGAGGUGGUGCUGCAGAGUGUCGCCACCAUCCAGAAGGAGAAUCGCAAGUUUUGUCUGUCCGUGGAGGGACUCGGAAAUCGACUAUGCUUCCUAGAACCUACAUCUGAAGCUAAGUAUGUUCCUCCUGACCUGUGUAUCUGCUGUUUCAUCCUGGAGCAGUCCCUGUCUGUCCGAGCCCUGCAGGAGAUGUUGGCUCAUACAGUGCCUAACAAUGAGGGGGCGGCCCAGGGGGGUGGACACCGGACCCUGCUCUAUGGUCACGCCAUCCUCCUACGCCACUCCUUCAGCGGAAUGUACCUGACCUGCUUGAAGACAUCGAGGUCAUUGACAGACAAACUGUCAUUUGACGUGGGAUUACAAGAAGAUUCAAUAGGAGAGGCGUGUUGGUGGACCAUCCACCCUGCGUCCAAGCAGAGGUCAGAGGGAGAGAAGGUCCGUAUCGGAGACGACCUCAUCCUGGUCAGCGUGUCCACAGAGAGGUACCUGCACCUGUCCAUCUCCAGCGGUAGUUUCCAGGUGGAUGCCUCCUUUAUGCAGACUCUGUGGAACGUCCAGCCUACCUGCUCAGGAAGCAACGUGGCUGUAGGAUUCCUGUGUGGUGGUCACGUGAUGCAUCUUUGUCACGGGCAUGAUGAGAGUCUGACCAUACCUGGGUCAGAGGCUAGCGAGAUGGAGCAGAGGAUAGUGAACUAUGAGAUGGGUAAAGGAGCAUCCAGGGCCCGCUCUCUCUGGAGGCUGGAGCCCCUCAGGAUCGGUUGGAGCGGUAGCCACAUUCGCUAUGGGCAGGCGUUCCGUCUGCGUCACCUGUCAACCGGUCACUACCUGGCGCUGACCGAAGAACAUGGUCUGGUCUUACAGGAGAGAGAGAAGUCUGAUAUCAAGUCCACCUCUUUCUGCUUCAGGGCUACCAAGGAAAAGAUAGAGUCGGGUACAAAGAAUCGAGACAUAGAAGGUAUGGGAGUCGCAGAGAUCAAGUAUGGGGACUCAGCCUGCUUCGUGAUGCACGUGGCUACAGGUCUGUGGCUGUCCUAUCAGGCGCCUGACGCUAAAGCCUCCCGCAUAGGACCCCUGAAGAGAAGGGCCUGUCUGCAUGCUGAGGGUCACAUGGACGACGGUCUGACCCUUCAGCGUUGUCAACACGAGGAGGCACGGGCUGUACGCAUCAUCAGGAACACCACUGUCCUCUUCAGCCACUUCAUCAAGGGUCUUGACAGUAUAGGAAGGGAUAAGAACGUGGAGGUCUCUCUGCCUAACUUUGACGAGGUGUUGCAGACGCUGGAUGAUCUCAUUGAGUAUUUCAAACAGCCCGACUCAGAACUGGAACAUGAGGAGAAACAGACUCUGCUGAGAUCUCUAAUCAAACGACAGGACCUUUUCAAAGAGGAGGGCAUGCUGGCCCUACUGGUGAUGUGCAUCGACCGUCUCAACCUGUACAACAGCGCUGCUCACUUUGGAGAGCAUGCUGGGGAAGAGGCUGGGGCGGCAUGGAAGAGCAUCCUCAACCUACUCUACCAACUACUGGCCUCUCUGAUCAAAGGGAACCGGAACAACUGUACUCAGUUCUCCAGGAACCUGGACUGGCUGGUCAGCAAGCUGGAGAGACUGGAGUCCUCAUCAGGUAUCCUGGAGGUGCUCCAUUGUAUCCUGAUAGAGUCUCCGGAGGCUCUGAACAUCAUCCAGAAAGGACACAUCAAGUCCAUCAUCUCCCUGCUCUACAAACACGGACGCAACCACAAGAUCCUGGACGUCCUGUGCUCUCUGUGUGUGUGUAACGGGGUGGCAGUGAGAGCCAAUCAGAACCUCAUCUGUGAUCACCUGCUUCCGAAGAGAGACCUGCUCCUCCAGACACGAUUGGUCAAUGACGUUCAGAGUAUGAGGCCUAACAUCUUCCUAGGAGUGGCAGAGGGUUCAGCCCAGUAUAAGAAGUGGUACUUUGAGUUGAUGAUCGACCAGGUGGACCACUAUGUGACCAGUGAGCCAUCCCACCUGCGUGUGGGCUGGGCCUCCACUAAGGGUUAUGCCCCCUACCCGGGGGGUGGAGAGGGAUGGGGGGGCAACGGAGUGGGUGACGACCUUUACUCAUACAGCUUUGACGGACUCCACCUGUGGUCAGGCCGUAUCUCCCGGGCGGUAGCCUCGAUCAACCAGCACUUGUUGAGCAGUGAUGACGUGGUGAGCUGUUGUCUGGACCUGGGCGCUCCUUCCAUGUCCUUCAGGAUCAACGGCCAGCCAGUACAGGGCAUGUUUGAAGACUUCAACACCGACGGAUUCUUCUUCCCCGUAGUCAGCUUCUCUGCAGGGGUCAAGGUGCGUUUCCUGCUGGGUGGACGUCAUGGAGACUUUAAGUUCCUGCCCCCGGCGGGUUACUCCCCGUGUUACGAGGCCCUGCUCCCCAAGGAGAAGAUGAGGGUGGAGGCUGUGAAGGAGUACAAGAGAGACCAUGGAGGGGUCAGGGACCUACUGGGGACAACACAGUUCCUCUCCCAGGCCUCAUUCAUCCCCACACCUGUAGACACCAGCCAGAUUGUUCAACCUCCUCACCUGACAACGUGCGUGACAGACUUUGAGAACAUCCAUGAACUUUGGGGCAUGAACAAGAUUGAACUGGGCUGGUCCUAUGGCAAGGUUCGAGAUGACAACAAGAGGCAGCACCCCUGCCUGGUGGAUUUCACCAAGCUGCCUGAAACUGAGAGGAACUAUAACUUGCAGAUGUCUAGCGAAACACUAAAGACCCUGUUGGCAUUGGGAUGUCAUGUGACACAGACCAACGUUAACGCCGAGGACGAUCUGAAGAAAGUCAAACUGCCCAAAGACUAUGUGAUGUCUAACGGGUACAAGCCAACUCCGCUGGAUCUUUCUGAGGAGAAACUGACGGCUGGUCAUGAGGUUCUGGUAGAUAAACUGGCGGAGAACGCUCACAACGUUUGGGCCAAGGACAGGAUCAAACAAGGAUGGACCUACGGCAUUCAGCAGGAUGUGAAGAGCAGGCGAAACCCUCGUCUGGUGCCGUACGCUUUACUCGACGAGAGAACCAAGAAGUCUAACAGAGACAGUCUGAGAGAGGCCAUCAGGACCCUGGUGGGAUAUGGCUACAACAUCGACCCCCCAGACCAGGAAUCCUGUCAUAUUGUGGAGAGGCAGAGCAUUGAGACGGUCCGGUUCUUCCGCGUAGAGCAGACGUAUGCAGUGAAGACAGGGAAGUGGUACUUUGAGUUUGAGGCCCUGACCGGAGGGGACAUGAGGGUUGGUUGGGCGAGACCAGGCUGUAGAUCAGACUUUGACCUGGGCAUGGACGACCAGGCCUACAUCUUUGAUGGAUACAAGGGCCGUCGAAUGCACAUGGGUGCGCGUUUCUUCGGCCAGUCAUGGAACAAGGGAGACGUGGUGGGCUGCAUGAUCAACAUGGAGGACAAGUCUAUGGUCUUCACCCUCAAUGGAGAGCUACUCAUCACUAACAAGGGAUCUGAGCUCUGCUUCGUUGACUUCGAGACAGAUGAUGGCUUCAUCCCAGUGUGUUGUCUGGCCCAGUCUGAGAUUGGCCGUAUGAACCUGGGGAAGGACGCCAGCAGCUUUAAGUAUUACACCACGUGUGGCCUGCAGGAGGGCUUCGAACCCUUCGCUGUCAACAUGAACAGAGAAGUCACCAUGUGGUUCAGCAAACGCCUGCCUACCUUCGUCAACAUCCCCAAGGACCACAACCACAUCGAGGUGACGAGGAUAGAUGGGACAGUGGACAACCCUCCGUGCCUGAAGGUGACCCACAAGACGUUUGGGACCCAGCAGAGCAACAGUGACAUGCUGUACUGCAGACUGAGCAUGCCUGUAGAGCUCCACGCUCCUCAUGUCAAUCCUGCCGAGUCUCAGAAACUCAGUCAGCCUCCAAAGGAAGAUGAUUAUGGCAGCAUUACAACGUAUUAUCACUCAGUGAGGGUGUUUGCUGGCCAGGACCCAGCAUCGGUGUGGGUUGGCUGGGUAACCCCCGACUACCAUUAUCAUAGCAAACAAUUCAGCCUUAACAAGACACGCACGGUUACCGUAACCCUGGGAGACGAGAGAGGACGCGUCCACGAGAGUGUUCGAAGGAGUAACUGCUACAUGGUGUGUGCUGGAGAUGUUGUCGGCUCCUCCCACUCCUCAUCCCGGUCUAACAUCGACCUGGAGAUUGGCUGUCUCGUUGACCUGGCAACAGGCUUUCUCUCCUUCACAGCCAAUGGCAAGGAGCUGGCGACCACCUAUGAGGUGGAGUCCAACACCAAGCUGUUUCCUGCUGUGUUUGUGCGUCCCACCAGCAAAAACCUCUUCCAGUUUGAGUUUGUCAAGAUCAAGGACGCCAUGCCCCUGUCGUCAGCCAUCUUUAAGAGUGAACAGCGUAACCCUGUGCCCCAGUGUCCUCCACGUCUGGACGUUCAGACCAUCGUAGCGGUGCUGUGGAGCCGUAUGCCAAACACCUUCCUCACCGUGGAGACCGCCAGGGUCUCAGAGAGACACGGCUGGGUGGUGCAGUGUCUGGAGCCACUGCAGAUGAUGGCUGUUCAUAUACCUGAGGAAAACAGGUGUCUGGACAUCCUGGAGCUAUCGGAGAAUGAGGGUCUGAGGAAGUUCCACUACCACACCCUGAUGCUCUACUGUGCCCUCUGCGCAUUGGGCAACACCCGUGUGGCACACGCCCUCUGCUCCCACCUCGACCAAUCACAGCUGCUCUACACCAUCGACAACCAAUACCUGUCCGGCAUGCUGAGAGAGGGAUUCUAUAAUGUUCUUAUGAGCAUCCACCUGGAGACAGCGAAAGAGGCUCGUCUGAUGAUGAACAACGAGUUUAUUAUCCCUGUGACUGAUGAGACGCGCUCCAUCAAGCUGUUCCCUGACGAGUCCAAGAGACACUCUCUACCCGGUGUAGGCCUCAGCACCUCGCUGAAACCACGCCUCAACUUCUCCCCUCUCUCCUUCAUCACCACCAAGAAACAGCAGCACCUCCACAGUCCCCAGAUCCCCCUGGGCAUCCUGAAGGAGAAGGCCAUCAGUAUGCUGACUGAGGCGGUGCAGGGAGGAGGCAGUCACAUCAGAGACCCAGUAGGGGGCAGUGUGGAGUACCAGUUUGUCCCCAUCCUCAAGCUGAUCGGAACCUUGCUGAUCAUGGGGGUACUCUCCAGCGAGGAGGUGAGGCUGAUCCUGCUCCUCAUUGACCCUAAUGUGUUCGGGGAGCCGGAUGAGGAGGAGGUGGCAGCAUCAGCAGGAGGAGGAGAGAAGGAGGAGGUGAGCAGCAACGAGGAGAAGGCUGUGGAGGCUGGUGAGGAGGAGACCAAGGAGGUCAAACCGACCGUGAAGGGACUGCUGGAGAAGACACUGCCUGAGUCUGUCAAACGACAGAUGUGUGAGCUGCUGCACUACUUCUGUGACUGUGAAUUGAAGCAGCGUAUCGAGGCCAUCGUGUCCUUCUCGGACCGCUUCGUGUCCAAGCUGCAGUACAACCAGAAGUUCAGGUACAACGAGUUGAUGUUGGCCCUCAACAUGUCUGCUGCCGUCACCGCCAAGAAGACCAAGGAGUUCAGAUCCCCUCCUCAGGAACAGAUCAACAUUCUGUUAAACUUUGCUGCUGGGGAGGACUGUCCCUGUCCUGAAGAGAUUCAGGAGGACCUCUACAGCUUCCAUGAUGAGCUGAGACUGCACUGCGGCAUCCCAGUGGAGGAGGAGGAGGAGGAGGAAGACACGUCUAUAAAGGGUCGUCUGCUGGCCAUGCUCUAUAAGAUCAAGGGACCGCCCAAGAAACUAGAGGAGGAACCUACGGAGGAGGAACAGGCCGCUCCCACCAACCUGAAGGAGUUGAUCAGCCAGACCAUGGCUAGCUGGGCUCAGGAGUGCAGCAUCCAGGACCCAGAGCUGGUUCGUGUGAUGUUCAGCCUGCUGAGACGUCAGUACGACGGCAUCGGAGCGCUGCUCAGGGCCAUGAAGAAGAGUUACACCAUCUCUGCUGUGUCAGUAGAACUGUCCAGUUUAAUAUUACUCUUAGUGAUCCAGCUCAUUAGUCUAAGAGGAGACAAGUCACAGGAGAUAGCCUUCCCCAAGAUGGUUGCCAGCUGCUGUCGGUUCCUGUGUUACUUUUGUCGUAUCAGCCGACAGAACCAGAAGGCCAUGUUUGACCAUCUCAGCUACUUACUGGAGAACAGCUCUGUCGGACUGGCCUCCCCAGCAAUGAGGGGUUCUACUCCCCUGGACGUAGCAGCGUCUUCAGUGAUGGACAACAACAGCCUGGCCCUCGCUCUGGAGGAGCCUGACCUUGAGAAGGUGGUAACCUACCUGGCAGGCUGUGGGCUGCAGAGCUGUGUCAUGCUCCUGGCUAAAGGAUAUCCUGACAUUGGCUGGAACCCCAUAGAGGGAGAGAGAUAUCUGUCUUUCCUCCGCUUCGCUGUCUUCAGCAACGGUGAGAGUGUAGAGGAGAACUCUAACACGGUGGUGAAGCUGCUGAUCAGACGUCCCGAGUGUUUUGGUCCCGCUCUGAGAGGAGAGGGAGGCAACGGUCUGCUGGCGGCCAUGCUGGAAGCCAUUAAGAUAUCUGAGGACCCUGCUCUGGACCUGCCCUGUACAGCCAAUGGAGAACCUUCUGGGUCUGGUGAGGAUGAGGAGGAAGAGGUUGCCCACACAGGAAACGCCAUCAUGUCCUUUUACUCUGCCCUUAUUGACCUGCUGGGACGCUGCGCCCCUGAGAUGCACUUGAUCAACAAGGGUAAAGGUGAGGCAUUGCGUAUCCGGGCCAUCCUGCGCUCCCUGGUUCCUACCACAGACCUGGUGGGCAUCAUCAGUAUACCACUCAAGAUGCCCAUUGUCAAUAAAGACGGUAGUGUGACAGAGCCAGACAUGUCGGCUAGUUUCUGUCCGGACCACAAGGCCCCCAUGGUGUUGUUUCUGGACCGUGUGUACGGCGUGGAGGACCAGAGCUUUCUGCUACACCUGUUGGAGGUGGGCUUCCUGCCUGACCUCCGCGCCUCCGCCUCCCUGGACACGGAUGUGUUAAGCACCACAGAGACCGCUCUGGCCAUGAACAGGUACAUCGGUUCGGCCCUGCUUCCCCUGCUGACCAGGUGUGCUGACCAGUUCUCGGGCACGGAGCACUACGCAGCGCUCAUUGACUCUACCCUCCACACUAUCUAUCGGCUGUCCAAGGGACGCUCCCUCACCAAGGCCCAGAGAGACUCUAUCGAGGAGUGUUUGCUUGCCAUCUGCAAACAUCUGCGCCCUUCCAUGAUGCAACAGCUGCUGAGACGUCUGGUGUUCGAUGUUCCCAUGCUCACAGAGUACUGCAAGAUGCCACUCAGGCUGCUGACUGAACACUAUGAGCAGAGCUGGAAGUACUACUGUCUUCCCUCGGGGCUGGGGAGCUCCGGCAUGGCCUCAGAGGAAGAACUGCUGCUCACCAAGAAACUCUUCUGGGGAAUAUUCGACUCGCUCUCAACAAAGAGGUUUGACUCUGACCUUUUCAAGACUGCCAUGGCCUGUCUGAGUGCCAUUUCUGGGGCGUUACCGCCUGACUAUGUGGAUGCCGGCCCCGGUAUCAUCCUGGAGAAGCAGGCGUCUGUGGACGCACACGGCAACUUCGACCCCAAACCCAUCAACACUGCCAAUAUGUCCCUUCCAGAGAAACUGGACUACAUCGCCAACAAGUUUGCAGAGCAUUCCCACGUCAAAUGGUCCUCAGAGAAGGUGACAGCGGGAUGGAAAAUGGGAGACUGCGUAGAUGAUGAUGCCAAAACUCACCCUCUGCUGAAGCCUUACAAGUCACUGAGUGAGAAGGAGAGGGAGACGUACCGCUGGCCAGUGAAGGAGUCUCUAAGGAGUAUGUUAGCUUUGGGCUGGAACAUGGAGAGGACCAAGGAGGGAGAGGCCAUGUUAAUCAGGAAACAAAGCAAGAUCUCAGAGUCCACUCAGGACAACGAUAACGAAUUCAUCCCUGAACCACCACUGGAUCUGAACAAUAUUACUCUAUCCAGAGAGUUGCAGGGGAUGGUGGAGGUAGUAGCAGAGAACUACCACAACAUCUGGGCCAAGAAGAAGAAGGCUGAGCUGAGUAGUAAAGGAGGAGGGAGCCACCCAUUGCUGGUGCCCUAUGACACUCUGACAGCCAGGGAGAAAUACAGAGACAGAGAGAAGGUCCAAGAUCUCUUUAAAUUUCUUCAGAUCAAUGGAUACACUAUCACCAGAGGCCUGAAGGACGUGGAGCAAGACUCAUCGUCCAUGGAGAAGAGGUUUGCUUACACGUUCCUCAAGAGGUUGCUGAAGAAUGUGGACUCGGCUCAGGAGUUCAUCGCCCACCUAGAGGCCAUGGCCACCAGCGGAAAGACAGACAAAUCGCCUCACGAUCAGGAAAUCAAGUUCUUCGCCAAGGUGCUGCUACCUCUCAUAGACAUGUACUUUAAGAACCACAGCCUGUACUUCCUGUCCUCGCCCAGUAAGAACCUGAGCAGCAGUGGCUACGCCUCAAACAAGGAGAAGGAGAUGAUCACCAGCCUGUUCUGUAAGAUGGCAGCUCUUGUCAGACACAGGAUUUCCCUCUUUGGGAGCGACUCGGCUAUUAUGGUGAGCUGUCUACACAUCCUGGCUCAUUCCCUCGACACAAGGACGGUGAUGAAGUCAGGCUCAGAGAUGGUGAAGGCUGGGGUCAGGACAUUAUUUGAGAAUGCAGCGGAGGACCUAGAGAAGACCCUGGAGAUGCUGAAGCUGGGGAAGUUCAGCCAGUCCCGGAGCCAGAUGAAGGGCUUGUCCCAGAACAUCACCUACGCCACCACCGCUCUGCUGCCCAUCCUCACAGCCCUGUUCGAACAUGUCACCAUGCACAACUUUGGAGUCGGCCUGCUGGUGGAUGAUGUCCAGCUGUCGUGCUAUCGCAUUGUGACGUGUCUCUACUCACUGGGCACGGGGAAACACAUCUUCAUGGAGAGGCACCUACCAGCCCUAGGGGAGUGUCUGGCCACCCUGGUAGGAGCCAUGCCUGUAGCUUUCCUGGAGCCUGAUCUCAAUGCUCACAACCCCCUGUCUGUCUUCAACACCAAGACACCGCGAGAGAGGGCCAUCUUGAGUAUGCCUGACUCUGUGGAGGAGAUGUGUUCAGAGGUGCCUCGUCUGGAUCGCCUGCUGAAGGACAUCAACGACAUCUCAGAGUCUGGAGCACGAUACACAGAGAUGCCACAGGUGAUUGAGGUGAUCCUGCCCAUGUUGUGUAACUACCUGUCCUACUGGUGGGAGAGAGGAACAGAGAACUCUGCUCCACACACCGCCUGCUGCACUACCGUGUGCUCCAACCACCUCAGCAUCAUCCUGGGGAACAUCCUGAAGAUCCUCAACAACAACCUGGGCAUUGACGACGCUCCCUGGAUGAAGAGGAUCGCAGUCUACUCUCAGCCAAUCAUCUGUAAGGCUGCAGCAGACCUCCUGAAGAGUCACUUCCUGCCCACUCUAGAGAAACUCAGGAAGAAGACAGUCAAGGUGGUGGCAGAGGAGGAGCUGCUGAAGGCUGACAUUAAAGGAGACACUCAGGAAGCUGAGCUUCUCAUUCUGGAUGAGUUUGCUGUCCUCUGUAGAGACCUGUAUGCCUUCUACCCAAUGCUCAUCCGCUACAUGGACAACAACAGGUCCAGAUGGUUGAAGAGGCCUGAUGCUCAGUCCAACGAGCUCUUCACCAUGGUGGCUGAGAUCUUCAUUCUCUGGUGCAAAUCACACAACUUCAAAAGGGAAGAGCAGAACUUUGUGGUUCAGAAUGAAAUCAACAACCUGUCUUUCUUGACUGGGGAACGUAAGACCAAGAUGUCCAAGUCAGGUGGUGACCAGGAUAGGAAGCACUCUCUCUCGGCUCUGGAUCUCUUAUCUCUGUCCAGACCUCUCUGUGUAUCUCUUUCUCUCUCCCUGAAGAAGAUCUCCCUCCCGGACUCAACAUCUCUCUCCCAGGAGUCGGAGCUCCACAGUCAGGUGGUGACCAGGAUAGGAAGCACAGUCUGGAGAGUUAUACUCAUUAUCCAGACCCUGGAGACUGAUCAUCUCAUUGAAGAAGAUACAGCUGCCCAUCGGAGUUCAACAUGUGCUAACCCAGGAGACCAGGAGCUCAUCUCAUUGGCCAAGAUAAGAUACAGUCUGAAAGACACAGACGAUGAGGUGAAGGAUCACUUGCGUGAGAACCUACAUCUUCAGGACAAGUCCGAUGACCUGGCAGUGCAGUGGCAGAUGAACCUGUAUAAGGAUGUGGUGGUGGGGAGUGAGGAACAUGCAGACCCAGAACAGACUGUGGACAGAAUACAAAGCAUCUCCGCUGCAGUCUUCCACCUGGAGCAGGUGGAGCAGCCUCUGAGGAUGAAGAAGUGUGUGUUUCAGAAGCUGCUGUCCAAACAACGUAAGCGUGCCGUGGUGGCCUGCUUCCGUAUGGCUCCUCUCUACAACCUCCCCAGGCAUCGUUCUAUUAACCUCUUCGUGUUGGGCUAUGUGAGACUAUGGAUAGAGACAGAGGAGUACUCCUUUGAGGAGAAGCUAGUGCAGGACCUGGCAGUAAGUACUGGGCAUGUUGCGAUGGUGUCUGCCACCACCUCAGCCCUAGCCUCAGCCUUGCCCCCUGUGCCCUGUGUUGGCACCGCACCCCUACCCGCCCUCUUCGCCGACAGCCUCUUGAGCACGAUGCCCGCCGUCCAACUUCGGGAUCGGGAUCGCUUCCCGGUCCGCCUGGGUCCGGGGACCUCGACUUGGGCCCCCAGAGGUUCCCGAGGCCCCCGCGCUCUCUCUAGCUUUGUGGCUCGCUACCGGCAGAGCCUUGACAGACAUGACAGGCUCAACCUCAGGAGACUCAGUGGCAGCAAUGGCUCUGUCUCCGCAGCAAAGCACGUGGCUAGAAAAACAGGCUACGGCAUGGGCUAUCUCACCACUACUACUACUACUACUGUGCUCACAGAGAGAAGCUUCCUGGAAGAAGAUCCGUUAUAUAUUGCGUAUGCAGACAUGAUGGCAAAGAGUUGUGCAGAGGAUGAAGAGGAGGAAGAAGAGGAAGAGGGGAAAGAGAAGACAUUUGAGGAGAAGGAGAUGGAGAAACAGAAGAUCUUGUACCAGCAGGCCAGGCUCCACGCCCGCGGGGCUGCUGAGAUGGUGCUACAGAUGAUCAGCGCCAGUAAAGGUCGACUAGGUCCUAUGGUGACCUGCACCCUCAAACUGGGCAUCUCCAUCCUCAACGGAGGCAACGUGCUGGUCCAGCAGAAAAUGCUGGAUUAUCUGAAAGAGAAAAGAGAUGCAGGCUUUUUCAAGAGUUUGUCAGGCCUCAUGCAGUCCUGCAGUGUCCUGGACUUAAAUGCCUUUGAGAGACAGAAUAAAGCGGAAGGUCUAGGGAUGGUGACAGAUGAAGGAUCCUGUUCCAAAGUGCUGACGAAUGAUGACUUCACCAAAGAUCUCUUCCGGUUUUUACAACUGCUCUGUGAGGGGCACAACGGGGAUUUCCAAAACUUCCUGAGAACACAAACAGGAAACACGUUGACAGUCAACAUUAUCAUCAGCACAGUGGACUACCUGCUACGGCUUCAGGAAUCUAUCAGUGACUUCUACUGGUAUUAUUCUGGGAAAGACAUUAUCGACGAGGCAGGGCAGGUCAACUUCUCCAAAGCCUUAGCUGUCGCAAAGCAGAUCUUCAACUCGCUCACUGAGUACAUCCAGGGCCCAUGUAUUGGGAACCAGCAGAGUCUGGCCCACAGCAGACUGUGGGAUGCGGUGGUGGGAUUCCUGCAUGUGUUUGCCAACAUGCAGAUGAAGCUGUCCCAGGACUCGUGUCAGAUUGAGCUGCUGAAGGAGUUGAUGGAUCUUCAGCAGGACAUGGUGGUGAUGAUGCUGUCACUGCUGGAGGGCAACGUGGUAAAUGGAACAAUUGGAAAGCAGAUGGUGGACACUCUGGUGGAGUCCUCCAGCAACGUAGAGAUGAUCCUCAAGUUCUUUGACAUGUUCCUCAAGAUCAAGGACCUGACCACCUCUGACAACUUCAGGGAGUACGACCCCGAUAACAAGGGGGUCAUCUCCAAAAAAGAUUUCCAGAAGUCCAUGGAGAACCAGAAGCAGUACACCCAGUCGGAGAUUGAGUUCCUCCUCUCCUGCGCCGAGGCCGACGAGAAUGACAUGUUCAACUACGAGGAGUUUGUGGAGCGGUUCCACGAGCCGGCCAAAGACAUUGGCUUCAACAUAGCCGUGCUGCUCACUAACCUCUCUGAGCACAUGCCUCACGAUCCCCGUCUGGCCACCUUCCUGGAACCAGCUGAGAGCGUGCUGAACUACUUCGAGCCGUACCUGGGCCGCAUCGAGAUCAUGGGCGGAGGGAAGCGCAUAGAGAGGGUCUACUUUGAGAUCAGCGAGUCCAGCCGCACGCAGUGGGAGAAGCCACAGGUCAAAGAGUCCAAGAGACAGUUCAUCUUCGACGUGGUCAACGAGGGUGGAGAGAGCGAGAAGAUGGAGAUGUUUGUGAACUUCUGCGAAGACACCAUCUUUGAGAUGCAGCUGGCGUCUCAGAUCUCGGAGCCAGAAGUGGCGGAGCGCCCGGAGGAGGAAGAGGAGGAGGUGCACAACUUGCUAGAAGAGCUGGCUGAGCAAGAGGAGGAGAGAGAGCUGGAGGCUUCCUCAGCUUUCACCAUGGUCUGUGUCGCCGCCAAGAAGAAGAUCUCCAACUUCCGACAGAUGCUGACCUUCAAGACCCUCAAGAAGCAGUACAAGAAGACCAAGAAGCUGAGCAUGAAGGAGGUGAUCAUUGGGUUCUUCUCCUUUUUCUGGACGCUCUUCGCAGGGUUCUUCAAGGGGAUCUACAGCCUCAUCUUUGGAUUCUUCCACCUCAUCUGGUCAUCCAUGUUCGGAGGCGGCCUCGUCGAAGGAGCCAAGAACAUGAAGGUGACAGACAUCUUGGGCAACAUGCCCGAUCCCACCCAGUUCGGUAUCCACGGCGACGUGUUGGAGACGGAAAAGGUGGAGGUGGGAGAUUCGGUGUCGGGCGGAACAGACCAGGCCAUCAAACCGUCGGACAAGGCAGAGCAGGACAUCUUGAUGGAGAUGAUUAAUCCCACGCCAAAGAAAGGGGAAGGGUUAAAACAUGUUGAUCCUGGACUGGGAGACGUCUCUGAGACUCCUGAGACCUCCACCGCUGUGGAGAAGAAGAAAGCUGCUUCUGAACCAAUGGAGUUGGAACCAGAGAAAGCAGACACAGAGAAGAAGGAAAAGGAAGACAAGGUCAAAGCGGAGCAGCCUAAAGAGGAAGUGGCUCAGGAUAAGCCCGUUCCCAAGUCCAGAAACAGCCAAUCAAAGGAGGCUCCUACUUCCUUCUUUGCCAGCUUCUUGUCUGGGUUGGAGGUCUACCAGGCCAAGAUGCUGAACACGUUGGCUCGGAACUUCUACAACAUGCGUUUCCUGGCUCUGUUUGUGGCGUUUGCCAUCAACUUCAUCCUACUGUUCUACAAGGUGACUGCUGCUGAGGAUGAUGAGGAUGACUCUUGGACUAGUUCUGAUGACGAUGAUGAAGGUGGCGAGGAGUACUUUGUCCUGGAGGAGAGUACAGGCUACAUGGCUCCUAUUCUGUGUUUCCUGGCUGUGUUCCACACUGCCCUCUCUAUCCUCUGUUUGGUUGGCUACUACUUUCUCAAGGUGCCUCUGGUGGUGUUUAAGAGAGAGAAAGGGAUCGCCAGGCUGUUGGAGUUUGAAGGUCUCUACAUCACAGAGCAGCCGGCAGACGAUGACAUCACGGGCCAGUGGGACCGCCUCGUCAUCAACACCCCAUCCUUCCCCAAUAACUAUUGGGACAAGUUUAUCAAACGGAAGGUCAUUAAUAAGUAUGGAGACCUGUAUGGAGCUGAGCGGAUAGCUGAGCUGUUGGGUCUGGAUAAGAGCGCCCUGGACUUCGACCCUACUCAGGAGACCGUGGUGGAGGAGGCUUCUCUUGUAUCCUGGUUGAGCUCUAUCGACACCAAGUACCACAUCUGGAAAAUGGGAGUGGUGCUGACUGAUAACUCGUUCCUGUACCUGAUCUGGUACGCCACCAUGUCCAUCCUGGGGCACUAUAACAACUUCUUCUUCGCUGCCCAUCUGCUGGACAUCGCCAUGGGCUUCAAGACCCUCCGGACCAUCCUGUCCUCCGUCACUCACAACGGAAAACAGUUGGUGCUGACUGUAGGUCUGUUAGCGGUGGUGGUGUAUCUGUACACUGUGGUGGCCUUCAACUUCUUCAGGAAGUUCUACAACAAGAGCGAGGACGAGGACGCACCUGACAUGAAGUGUGACGACAUGAUGACUUGCUAUCUGUUCCACCUGUACGCGGGGGUGAGGGCCGGCGGUGGUAUCGGUGAUGAGCUCGAGGACCCGGCCGGAGACCCCUACGAGCUGUGGCGUAUCCUCUUCGACAUCACCUUCUUCUUCUUCGUCAUCGUCAUCCUCCUGGCCAUCAUUCAGGGUUUGAUUAUUGAUGCGUUUGGGGAACUGAGAGACCAGCAGGAGCAGGUGAAGGAGGAUAUGGAGACUAAAUGCUUCAUCUGUGGAAUUGGAAACGACUACUUUGACACGACACCCCACGGCUUUGAGACCCACACCUUACAAGAACACAACCUGGCCAACUACCUCUUCUUCCUGAUGUACCUCAUCAACAAGGACGAGACUGAACACACUGGUCAGGAGUCGUAUGUGUGGAAGAUGUACCAGGAGAGAUGCUGGGACUUCUUCCCUGCUGGAGACUGUUUCAGGAAGCAGUAUGAGGACCUGCUUGGGUAGAGAGGACAGCUAACACUCCCCAGCUACUCUCCAACCCUACCUUGAUAGAGAGAACACCUAAAACUACAUUAGCUGUGUAGAGAGGACACUUAAUACUUCCCAUUUACCGUAAAGCAACACUGUCUGUAUUUGAGAGACAAGUCUACUCACAAACCCUACAUCCUAUCUGAGGCAGCCUUCUUCCAUCACUUCAACAACAUUUAAAUGGAUAGAGGACACCAGAACACUACCCUACAACACUAUCUGGGUAUAGAGGACACCAUAACACUACCCUACAACACUAUCUGGGUAGAGAGGACACCAGAACACUACCCUACAACACUAUCUGGGUAGAGAGGACACCAUAACACUACCCUACAACACUAUCUGGGUAAAGAGGACACCAGAACACUACCCUACAACACUAUCUGGGUAUAGUGGACACCAGAACACUACCCUACAACACUAUCUGGGUAUAGAGGACACCAGAACACUACCCUACAACACUAUCUGGGUAGAGAGGACACCAUAACACUACCCUACAACACUAUCUGGGUAGAGAGGACACCAUAACACUACCCUACAACACUAUCUGGGUAUAGUGGACACCAGAACACUACCCUACAACACUAUCUGGGUAGAGAGGACACCAGAACACUACCCUACAACACUAUCUGGGUAGAGGACACCAGAACACUACCCUACAACACUAUCUGGGUAUAGAGGACACCAGAACACUACCCUACAACACUAUCUGGGUAGAGAGGACACCAGAACACUACAACACUAUCUGGGUAGAGAGGACACCAUAACACUACCCUACAACACUAUCUGGGUAUAGAGGACACCAGAACACUACCCUACAACACUAUCUGGGUAGAGAGGACACCAUAACACUACCCUACAACACUAUCUGGGUAUAGAGGACACCAGAACACUACCCUACAACACUAUCUGGGUAGAGAGGACACCAGAACACUAC